UCUACAGACUGUCCCACAAUGUAAUGCCUCUGACCUGAGGACGAGAACCGGAGGGGUGAGUUGGAAGUCUAUUUCUCGCUCGUUAUCUCGCUUCCAGCUGGUUAUCUUCCUCCCUUUCACAGCCCCUGGGCUUCCAAGCACCAGAUGAGGGCUGAGGUGUAGAGUCUAUAUCCUGUAUCUUGGACACGAAGUGAGUGACAAGGAAGAUAUCAGAUCCUUUUCAUUCCCAUCUUUCCUUGCCCUUCCCACAUGCUAACUCCCUUGACCAGCCGGUGAACGAAAGAGGCUGAGGGAGGCAUGUGGAUGGAAGGGAGGAAAAGGAACGAAGAAAGAUGGGUCGCUUCACCGUGAGUUCGCUCUCAUGUAGGACCUGUUCACCUUGUCUCUCGAUUUCCAUGUGAUGAAGAGAUAAAGACAUGAGAGACAAGGCAUGGAGAGGUAGUGAGUUGAGAGAAGACAGAUCCUCCUUCCUGGCCUUGAGGCCGCGGGAGCGACAGGAAGGGUUAGGUGGUGAACCGAGAAGACGGUGUAAGGAAGAUCCAGAAAUCCAUUUCCUAUCUCUUUAUCACUUCCUACCUGCCUUCAUGACAUGCCUUUCUCUACCUUCUACCUCUGACUCAUGAAGGCACCAACAAAGCAAAUAAUGGGAAAGGAAAGCCUAUUUCUUCCUUCUCACCUCUCGGUCUUCACCUCUUGGUUCGGGAAGUGGAUUCGCAAAGACAAAGAAGUAAAUGAGAUUAGAUGGAAUGGUAAAAGCAUUGAGGAAGAGGAAUUCAUGCUUACAAUCCAAGAUUUCAUGGUCAACAGUAAAUAGGAGAUAAAAGGGUUUGAGGGAGUGGAACAGAUGUGGAACGAAGGAGUGGGAAAUAGGGAUGAAAAGGAAAAGAUCCUACAUUUUGAGGAUUUAAUAUUUGGUUUUCUUUUUACUUGCUUUUCGUUUAUAUCUUCCUUUAUCUGUUUCCUCAUCAAUUCAUACCUCUAUCCUGGAUUGCUUGGUUAGUGUUAGGACGUGAGUUAACCCACAAAGAGAAAGGUGGGUACGAACGGAUGGGGAAUUCCAUCAUUGACGGUUAUCUGUUUUCUAUUUACAUUCAUUUCCCACAUUUAUAAUUCUCUUUAAUAUUUAUUGCUUUUAUAGAAAGGUUAAUUGUCAAGGAAGGAAUUCCAAGAAUAAAAGAUUAGGAAAAGAUAUAGAAGUAACGGCCAAUGGAAGGCCUGGUAAGAUAGUGAGUUCUGUUCCUCUCCUCGCUUGUGUUGGAAGUCUUUCAUUCCCAGUUCUUACCUAUGGAUCAGGCACUUGGCAAAGGAAUGGAAAGAAGUGACUCACCAAGCGAGGAGGAGUACAUGAGGGUGAGGUACGACAGAAUGGAGAAGGAAACAGGAGAUACAUUCCAUCUCUUACUCUUUGCUUACCUUCUCUCUUUCCUGUAUCUUGGCCUUGCUUUCACCGUUGGAACGGAUAGGCACUCACUUUAGGAGUUAAUUCGCUAUCAUAUUACCUUCAUCUGUGGCAUAGCCUCUCCAUCACACACCUGACUAACUCUUGGAAAUCAUGUACCUAGGAUAGUGAUAAAGCGUCUGGAGACAAGGUUGAGAGACGGAAUGAAUUAGAGGAGUGAGAGAGGCAACGAACGGUCUGGAUUCAUCUUGGAAACUCAUUCACUGGAGAUCCAGAUAAGAUAAGAUGUGAAAAGGAAUGAUAGAAUUCUAAGAAAGACAAAUAUAAUGCAAACAAAUAAUUCUAGAAUGUAACCAAACAAAAGAAAACCAACAAACAAGAGAAUUAGAAUCCAGAUAAAGAUAUAGAAAUAGAAUGAAGGUAACCACCGACAGGUAGGAAGAGCUCUCACUCAUCUAUUUCUCUCACUUACAUCCCAUUCCUUUAUUAUCCUAAAGUUGACUCACAAAGAGAUAGGAAAUACACAAGACCUAACCAUAGGAAAAGAGGUGAUAAAAGAUACCAUGCUCUUCAGCCUCUGGGCUGUGUCAGGACAUUCCCAACAUGACAUCCACCUGCCCUCAUCUGUCUCUAUCCUUUACCUCGUCUACAGGCGGGAGGAUCUACACGGUUUGCAGGUGGCCCCAUAUCUUACCAACGAAGGCGGGAGAACAAAGAUGGCUUUAUGAGGCCCUCAAAUAGAUUGCCUUCAUUGGAAGGUCCAGCCACAAUGUGAAGAUAUAGAUGAGAUUAAUAGCUGUGACAAGUGAUUUCCAGAGGGAGAGAUAGAGGUGCUUACAGACGAAGAGAAGAAAGAAAACAAUAAAUAAAAGAAAAAAACAAUAAUAAAAAUAAAUAAUGAAAGUUGAUAGCGGACGGAGUCAAGCCUUUCUCUCCCUCAAUUCUAUCGUUUAUCCCCGCUAUCAAAUAUAACCGCCAGGAAGGGUCUUGAACAUACCCAAAAACAAGAAUCCAAAUAAAUAAUAAUUAAAUAGAAAAAUAAAAGAAAAAGAAAAUAAAAAAUAAAAGAAAAAGAAAAUAAAAAAUAAAAGAAAUACACUUUAUAAUCAUUACGACAGAGAAUUAAAAAAGGAAAGAAAAUAAAUGAAAAUAAAUAGAAAAGAGAAAGAUAUGACCGCAGGCUGGGACAGACGAGAGCCAAAUAAAAGAUUUAUCAUCAACCACUUUAUCUUUCCAGGUCAUAUUAUUUUACUAUAUUAUUUCAUUCACUAGUUAAAAAUUGUAAUCAUAAAGGCUUAGGAAUCUAUUAUUUAUUAUCUGGAUUCAUCUUUGGAAUCUCCGGUACAUUAAUAUCAGUCCUUAUAAGAAUAGAAUUAUAUUCAUCAGGAAAUAGGAUUAUAUCUCCAGAAAACCAGAACUUCUAUAAUAUAAGCAUUACAUUGCAUGGCUUUCUUAUGAUCUUCUUUUUAGUAAUGCCUGGCUUGUUUGGAGGAUUUGGAAAUUAUUUUGUACCUAUCUUUCAAGGAUCUCCAGAAGUGGUAUAUCCUAGAGUCAAUAAUUUUUCUAUCAUAAUUCUUUUACUUUCAUAUCUUUUCCUAAUCCUUUCUUUAAUCUCAGAAUUUGGAGGUGGUACAGGAUGGACAUUAUAUCCACCAUUAUCCACUUCUUUUAUGACUUUAUCACCUUCAAGUACAGGAAAUCUUAUAUUAGGAUUAUUAAUCUCUGGUAUAUCUUCAUGUCUUACAUCUCUUAACUUUUGGACAACAAUUCUAAAUCUGAGAUCUUAUUAUCUUAUAUUAAAGACUAUCCCAUUAUUUCCUUUCUCUUUCUUGAUUACAGCUUUCAUGCUUUUAUUAACAUUACCUAUCUUAUCUGGUACACUUCUUUUAAUGUUGGGUGAUCUUCAUUCUAAUACACUUUUCUUUGAUCCAAUAUUUGGAGGAGAUCCUAUAUUCUAUCAACAUUUAUUUUGGUUUUUUGGACAUCCAGAAGUUUACAUCUUAAUAAUUCCUGCAUUUGGGAUCAUUUCCAUAAUAAUUUCUGGGAUUUUACAGUUAAUAAUCUUUGCUAAGCAAUCAAUGAUCUUUGCCAUGUCAUCUAUUUCUCUUCUUGGAAGUCUUGUUUGGGGACAUCAUAUGUAUACUGUAGGUUUAGAAAGUGAUACAAGAGCUUAUUUUACAGGAGUUACAAUCUUAAUAUCUUUACCAACUGGUACAAAAAUCUUUAAUUGGCUUUUUACAUAUCUCUCCAAUCCAUCUUUAUUACACCUUAGAAUUACUUCUGUCUUCUUCUUUCUUCUCUUUUUAUUAAUGUUUACUAUAGGUGGGUCAACAGGAAUAAUUCUAGGAAAUGCUGCAGUGGAUCUAGGAUUACAUGAUACAUAUUAUGUUGUAGCACAUUUUCAUUUUGUUCUUUCUUUAGGAGCUAUAAUUGCUAUCUUCUCUGGAAUAAUCUUCAAUGGAGAAAAGAUUGUUGGUACUAAGAAUUUAUUACUUUCAUCCUCAUGUACACUCUCUCUUUAUCAUUGUAAUUUAAUAUUUAUUGCUAUUCUUCUUACCUUUUCCCCAAUGCAUUUCUUAGGAUUUAAUGUUAUGCCAAGAAGAAUCCCAUCCUUUCCAGAUUCUUUUCAUUCCUGGAAUUACCUGUCAUCUAUUGGAUCAGGAAUAACUUUCCUAUCUUUUUCUUUUCUUUAUGUUUAUUUGCUUAUCUUAUAUUGUUUGUGUCUUUCCUUUUUCAUCUUUUAUUAUUCUUUUUCUUUUAUUUAUUUCUUUUGCUUUUUUAUUAUUUAUUGUAAACUUUAGAAUCUUGGAAAUUCAUAUAUUUUAUAAUCUACAACUUUAUUAUUGGCAUUUUAUAGAAAUCUUAUGGUUAUUUAUCUUUCUAGUCUUUUAUCUCUCUUUCAUUCCCUUCUCUCUCAUUUGCUCUCUUCCUUCGUCCCUCAGGUUCUCGCUUCGUCAGUCAUCUCUCUUCCACAGUGGAUAGGAUACAGAGCCAACGGCGGUGAGUGGAGGAACAGGUGGAAGAGAUAGAGGGAGAAGGGACACUUCGUUCUUAUCAUAUCCUUUCCCUUCUUUGCUUUAUUGUCGGGCAUUUCUUUUAUCAUUUUAUUUCUGAGGUACGAAGGGAAGAUAAUAACGCCCGACAAAGCAAAGAGAUAAUGGGAAAGGAAAGGACGAGAGACGGAGUUAGGCCAGUGGCUGACCAUGAAUGAAGCAAUGAAUGAAAGGGAACGGCCUAACGUAUCUUCCUUCCUGAGCUGGGUUCUUAUGUUUGCAGAUUGUUGAUCCCAGCUCCCACAAAGACAAAGAACAGAGGAAAAGAGAAUGUGGCAGAAGGAAUGAGAUGGCCGGCGGCAUGUUGGUAAGCCUUAAUUCACGGGCUCUACCUCUCGCACGUGAAGGAUCCAGAAGUCGAGGGCAGUGAAAGAGAGAGAAUAGUGCCUGCAGACGAAGGCUGGUCCAAUGUACACCUUCAUGCCCUCGCUUUCUUCUGGUUAAUUCCUGUCACCCACUGUCCCAGUCUUCUCUAGGUCAUGUCUAUAGUCAGUCAAUAUUAUGAAUGAUGGACAGUGGAAAGAGUGACAGGGAAAUAGAUGGGAGAAGCCUGACCCUUUAUCUAUCUCUUCAUCUCAUCUCCAUUCGAUUCAAGGGUUUGCAGGCUUCUCAAGACACAGAAUGAGAGGGAAAAAGGACUUGUAUCUUCACCCAACCCUCGCUCUUCUAUCUCCCCCGCCUUCACGGCUGGUCCGACAGGAGCGAGAAGGCAAGGGGGAAGAUACCAUGGAAAAGAGAAGGGAAAGCUCUGGUCAUCGCUUUCAUUCAUCUCUACACUUCCCAUCCUCAGCUCUCUUCACUCGCUGUUUGGAUGGGUUGGAUGGAGUGUCCUUGCCAUUGCCUUCUCUUUUCCCAUUACUUCUAUUCCUCUCAUCGCUUCCUCCUAUCUCCGAAGCGAGAGGAAUGUAAUGGAAAGAGAAGAGCAAGGACAGAUAACGAACGAAGUGACUCCGCUCCGCUCUUCUCCCUCCUCUGUCGUCUGUUAGUUCCUUCAUACCCACUCCUCACUGACGUGGAACGGAUAGAGUGGGGAAGGAACCAGAGGGAGAAGAGGAGACAGCAUAUGGGGAAGCUCUUGCCUCGCUUCCUUUCCAAUCCUAGGUCAGGCAUCACGGUUAGAGAGAUGAGUCUUGACAGAGUGAAAAGGCCUGACCAAGGGAAAGGAACGGAAAGGUGUCCAAGAGAUUCAUUAUCUUCCUUUCCUUACCAUUCCCUGUCUCUCUACUCCUCCUUCACGCCUUCGUGUCAACCUCCGGCCGCGAGCGGAGAGAGAGGGUAAGGAGGAAGGCACGUAUGAAGGGAACAGGUGACCGCUCCUUCGUCACUCACAUGCCAUGCCUUUUCCUUUCAUGUUCCUUUUACCUCACAGAGAAGCACUUCUGGGAAGCAUGAAUGCAUGGCAUGGAGAGGUACGACCUAAAGACAGAGAUAAAAGGAUAGAAAUAUUGGGUCUUUCUUCUCUCACAUACACUUCCUCAUCCUAAAGUCGAGGGUUCUCAUAAAGUCAACAAAUAAUAAUAAAAAAGAAAGAAACCAAAAGAUAAAGAGAAAAGAGAAUGCUAUUCCUCUCUCUCGAUCCCUCGCUCGUUUCAUUCACUAGCUAAUACCAUUCCUUCCAAGUUCCUUAA